UUGAGAGCUGCUCCCUACGAAACGUGCCUCGUGGCGAAAGCUGUGGGAGUCCCAGAGCUGGCCUGGUUUACUCCUCUUCCCUCAGGGGCUGCACCAUGGCCUCAGAGGCACCGUCCAGAUUGUCUCUUCUCUGGGAUAGAGUGGAAAGAGCAGCUGGGCAGCCCCAUCAGCAUCUGUUGCCCUUCCAGGAUCUGGUGACCUUUGAGGAGGUGGCUGUGUAUUUCACGGAGGAGGAAUGGGCCCUGCUGGAUCCUGGCCAAAGAGCUCUGCACAGGGAAGUCAUGGAAGAGAAUUAUGAGACGGUGGCCUCUCUGGGAUACAUCUGGGGGGUCAAGGCUGAGGGAGAACCAUCUGAAGUAUCACUGGAAAAAGCUGAGGAGCAGGUGCAGGAGCAGAAACUGAGGAGUCAAGAUGGAGCAAAGAGACAAGAGGAGAGACAGACUCACACAGGGGACAAACCCCAUAAAUGCUUGGAGUGUGGAAAGAGCUUCUGUCAGAGUGGCACCCUUACUUCGCAUCAAAGAACUCACACAGGGGACAAACCUUAUAAAUGCUUGGAGUAUGGAAAGACCUUCAAUCAGAAUAGCCACCUUACUUUGCACCAAAGAACUCACACAGGGGACAAACCUUAUAAAUGCUUGGAGUGUGGAAAGAGAUUCAGUUGGAGUAGCCACGUUACUUUGCAUCGCAGAACUCACACAGGGGACAAACCUUAUACAUGCUUGGAGUGUGGAAAGAGCUUCAGUCACAGUGGCAACCUUACUUCGCAUCAAAGAACUCACACAGGGGACAAAUCUUAUACAUGCUUGGAGUGUGGAAAGAGCUUCAGUCGAAGUAGCACCCUUACUUUGCAUCACAAAACUCACACAGGAGACAAACCUUAAAAUGCUUGGAGUGUGGAAGGAGCUUAAGCAGAGUUCAACUCUUUCUGUGCAUCAAAGGAUCCACACAGGGAAGCAAGGCUACCAACAGGAUUUUCUGGGCUCAGUACUCUAUGCAGAUUGGGCCCUCUGCUGCUCUCCUCAAAGACACAAAUUUGCAUAAAAUGUGCAUACGCUUCAUGUCAAAUGCACAUUCCUAGCCUCUUUUGCAGAUGUGAGUGGAGGACCAAAAAUAAUCCAGUGGGAACACUCAAAUAACAGCUGGUAUAGCACAGUG